GUGAAUGUGGCUGUGGAGUCAGACUGUCUUGGUCCAACUCUCGUCUCUGCUGCCCACUAAGUGUGUGUGACCUUGGGAAGCUUGUCUUAUCUUCCUGUACCAUCAUUUCUUUAUUGAGGGUAGUAAUAGUACAUACCUCUUAGGGUUUUUAAAAUAAUUAACUGAACUUUUGUAUGUAAAAGUUAUCACACUUGCCAUAGGCAUUUAGUGUGCAGCCACUAUGUGUUGGUUGUUUUAAUGUUCUUAAUAUUUUAUCACACUUAACUUUAUAAUUUGUUCAUGCUUUUUAUGUACUGAAUGUCUUAAGAGUUUGAAAGCAGUAGUCAUGGGGCUUGAGGCUGUUUGUUUCCUUUUGUUUUUCCCAAAUAAUAGUGUACAAUUACUGAGACUCCAAAUACAUUUCUAAGGGAAUUUAUUACAAUCGUAUUUCAGGUUUUCUUUUUAAUUGUUUGCUAGUAUAAAUAAAAAUUCAAAUGAAAAAGCAUAAGUUGAUAUUAAAGAGAGUUUUUACUAAUUUGAAAAUUAAAAAUCAUAAAGCUCUGUAGGGAGCUAUUGUAAUUUUUAAAAAUUUGGUUUUGUUUUUACAUUUUAAAUAUUGACCAUAGUGACAUGGAUUAAUAUUCAUGAAAAAUAGUGUUUAGAAAAAGCAGCAAAAUGCAAUUUUCAUUUAUUUUAAAAAUAUGUAUUUGGUGUGUGUGUGGGUGAUGCAGUUGGGAACAAAAAGAGAUGUAGUCUCUGUUCUCUUGUAGUUUAUGGUGCAGUUGAGAAGAAAAGCAUGAAAACAUUACACUUUUAAAUGUAUAAUCAUAAACUGGUACUCGAGUUAAGGAAAAGUCACUGAGACUUGCAACCAAGGUAACACAAUUAAACUGAAUAGGUCAAGAAAAACAAAGGAGGUCACAUUAGCGGGAAGAUCUUCAGCACAUAGGAGAGUUGUCUGGGCAGAGGGGCCAUGCAGAGAGUGCAGCCCCUAGGGAAAAGCCUCACAGGAGAGAAACCAAGUACAGCCCAAAAGAAGGCCAGUGUAUCUAAAUGUGGCAAGUGGGGGCUGGAAUUUGCCUCCUGAAGCACUCCAUUUCAGGGUCUGUAGAUCAUGUUAAAGAUUUGGAUUUCCCAGGAGCAAAAGUCUCUGGUGUGUUAAGUGCGGGUUGACUUACCAGGUAUGUUUUGAAAGAGCGUUCUAAUUGCAAGUAGAUUUGAGUGAGGUAGAAGGCAUGAGUAGAUGUGGGAAAGAUGGGAGUUUAUUGCAAAAGAUGAUUUGAACUUGGGCAGUUAAUUUUGGAGAUAGAGGCAGAUGGCUUUUAGAAUAAGAAGGAAAAACCACUUGGGCUUUGUGAUUGCUAGGAUAUUGGGAAUGAGGUGGGAAGGAGGAAUGGGCAGUGUGAAAAAUGUGACUUCUUGGUUUGAGGCAGGAUAGAUGGUGUUGCCGUUCACCAACAUAAGGAAUGUUUUUUAGGGGGUGUUGACUUGAGGAUCAUGAGUUCAUUUUUACGUAUAUUGAAUUGAGGCUUUGGAACUCCAAAGAGACAUUUUUCAAGAGAGUUUGAUAUGCAGGCCUAGGCUGUAGAAACAGAAUUGGGUAUAGUUGGCAUAACGACUGGCCAAGGAGCGAGUAGAGUGUAGAAUGAGAAGAGAGGGUCCAGAACUGGCCUUGGGGCCCUGGACCUUAAUGGCUAGAUAGAAGAGGAGCAGUCAGUAGUUAGCAUAUUUUCAUGUGUUCAUUAAUCUAACAAUUUAUUAAGCAUUUAACUUAAGUACUGCAUUAGAUACUGAGUUGACUGGUAAACAAGAUCUAAUCCCAUGUCAUCUUAUGUAGGAUAGGACAAGUAAAUGGCCAACUUUAGUACAGUGCGGGGGUCUCAUGAAUCCCCCAACAGGCCAAAAGAGUGAUAGAGCCUGUUAUGUGUGUUCUUUAUGGGAAGAAGAUGAUAGCUAUUACUUAAAUGAAUGUGUUAGGAUAAGUACCACAAAGUACUGGGAGGGGGCUACAGGAACAUUUGGAAAGGAAUAUAAUGUGCUGUGGAAACACAAACAGACUGUCCAAAAAGAAGGGCAAGAGGGGUUGUUGUAACAGAUCAUGGAAGGCAGGGAGGCAGACUGAGACAUAAAGGAGAAUGUGGUGUGGAGGUGGGUAGUCAAGAGAUCCCCAGGGGAGGGAUCAGCUUGUGAAGGUCUCACAGCCAGAAAGCAUGAAGAGUUUAAGAACUGAAAGUAUCUUAUGAAAGUUAAUAAGAAAAAUUGAAAUAUACUUAAUCACCAAAGAAAGAUUUAGUUUGAAAAAGUGGAUUUAUGGUAUUUUAUUGAAAUUCUGCAGUAAGGAUUUUUCAGGUUCACUUACCUGAAAUGUUAUUUUUACAAGAAGACCCUAAAAUAGGCUCAUCACAAAAUUAAAGUAUGUAAAGGAAUUUUGAUCAACUUAAAGAAGUCCCAUUAGAAUAAUGAUCACAUACAGGUAUAAAACUGGAAGGGACCCUAUAGGUAGGCUGCACUUUUAAAUUUAUUUUUAAGUAAAUUAUUUUAGGGAAAUUAAAGAAAAGUAUAAACACAAUUCUAAAAAUUAAUAUUUUGGUAUAUUCUAUAUUUUCUUCUAAAUGCUUUUUCUGUUUAGCUAAUCAUAUUAGUGUUUGAAAAAGUGUGAGUCAAGAUGAUGAUAUUAUUAGGGAAAAAAGCUAAACCAGAAUAGGAAAUUGUGCAUUAAACAAAAUUAAAUAGAUUUAUCUCAGGAUUUUUCAGAGGUUAUAAUGUCAUUGUGCUUUGUGUAUCUCCAAAGCAGAAGCAUAGUAUGUGUAUUUAUGUGGGACCCCCCCUUUUCCAGAAGUGCCCAUUCUUCCAGUAGCUCCUGACCAGUUACUAUAUGCCAGAGUCUAUACGGUUUUAAAUGAAGCAUGUGUGGCAGUGUGGCUCCAUGUCUUCUCCAUAACAGGGGUGUAUUAUGAUGGACAGUAAGGUAGGUUCCUCCUAAUUGGCUUAGCUUAGAAGGAUAUUAGCCAGCUUUUUAGAAAACCAUUCAUCGUGUCCUGCAGUUAGACUGUAACAGAUACUGUAAGGUGGAAUGAAAUGUUUUAACCCCUCACUUCCCCCGAAUCCAUCUUAGAAGACAGUCACACUGAAAUUGACAUUGCUACAUGACCUUGGGUAGUAUUUCUCAAACUUCUUCACCUCAGAACCCCUGUUACAUAAUAAGAACUAUUACAGCUCCUUUGUUUAUGUGGAUUAUAAUCUAUUCAUAUUUACCAUUUAAAACAUUAAAACAAUUUAAAGUAUUAAAUAAUAUUAAAAAACUCAUUACAUGUUAGUAUAAGUAACAUUUUUUAAUAACAGUUAUUUUCCAAAACAAAAUUCUGAGAAGAGUGGCAUUUACAUGUUUGGGAAUGUUUAAUGUCUGGCUCAAUAGAAGACUCUUUCAUCCUUUUUUUUUUUUUUCAUUCAGUCUGUUAUGACAUCACAUGUGGCCUCUGGAAACUAUACACUCAGGAGAAAACAGAAUGAUGACUGAGUAGUAGUUACAAUUUUUACCUGAGGAACUCCCCAGGGAUUCCCAGAACAUACUUUGAGAGCAGAACCAGAGUAUGUGAAGUAUUACAGACACUUAGCACCUGAUCAUUUGCUGCAAAUAUGUCAUCGACUAGGACCUCUUCUUGAACAAGAAAUUCCACAGAGCGUUCCUGGAGUACAAACUUUGUUAGGAGCUGGAAGACAGUCCUUGCUACGCACAAAUAAAAGCUGCAAGCAUGUUGUGUGGAAAGGAUCUGCUCUGGCUGCAAUGCAUUGUGGAAGACCACCCGAGUCGCCAGUUAACUAUGGUAGCCCACCCAGCAUUGCCGAUACUUUGUUCUCAAGGAAGUUGAAUGGGAAAUACAGGCUUGAGAGACUUGUUCCAACUGCAGUAUAUCAGCACAUGAAAAUGCAUAAACGAAUUCUCGGACAUCUGUCGUCUGUGUACUGUGUAACUUUUGAUCGAACUGGAAGACGGAUAUUUACUGGUUCUGAUGACUGUCUUGUGAAAAUCUGGGCAACAGAUGAUGGGAGAUUAUUGGCUACUUUAAGAGGACAUGCUGCUGAAAUAUCAGACAUGGCUGUAAACUAUGAGAAUACCAUGAUUGCAGCUGGAAGUUGCGAUAAAAUGAUCCGAGUCUGGUGUCUUCGAACGUGUGCACCUUUAGCUGUUCUUCAGGGCCACAGUGCAUCUAUAACAUCACUGCAGUUCUCACCGUUGUGCAGUGGCUCAAAGAGAUAUCUCUCUUCUACUGGGGCAGAUGGCACUAUUUGUUUCUGGCUGUGGGAUGCUGGAACCCUUAAAAUAAAUCCAAGACCUGCAAAAUUUACGGAGCGCCCUCGGCCUGGAGUUCAAAUGAUCUGUUCUUCUUUUAGUGCUGGUGGAAUGUUUCUGGCCACAGGAAGCACAGAUCAUAUUAUUAGGGUUUAUUUUUUCGGAUCAGGUCAGCCAGAGAAAAUAUCAGAAUUGGAGUUUCAUACUGACAAAGUUGACAGUAUCCAGUUUUCCAACACUAGUAACAGGUUUGUAAGUGGAAGUCGUGAUGGGACAGCACGUAUUUGGCAGUUUAAGCGAAGAGAAUGGAAGAGCAUUUUGUUGGAUAUGGCUACUCGCCCAGCAGGCCAAAACCUUCAAGGAAUAGAAGAUAAAAUCACCAAAAUGAAAGUAACUAUGGUAGCGUGGGAUCGACAUGACAGUACGGUUAUAACUGCAGUUAAUAACAUGACCCUGAAAGUUUGGAAUUCUUACACUGGUCAACUAAUUCAUGUCUUGAUGGGUCAUGAAGAUGAGGUAUUUGUCCUUGAGCCACACCCAUUCGAUCCAAGAGUUCUCUUUUCUGCUGGUCAUGAUGGAAAUGUGAUAGUGUGGGAUCUGGCAAGAGGAGUCAAAAUUCGGUCCUAUUUCAAUAUGAUUGAAGGCCAAGGACACGGUGCAGUGUUUGACUGCAAGUGCUCUCCUGACGGCCAGCAUUUCGCGUGCACAGACUCGCAUGGACAUCUUCUGAUUUUUGGCUUUGGCUCCAGUAGCAAAUAUGACAAGAUUGCAGAUCAGAUGUUCUUUCAUAGUGAUUAUCGGCCCCUCAUCCGUGAUGCCAACAAUUUUGUCUUAGAUGAACAGACUCAGCAAGCACCUCAUCUCAUGCCCCCUCCUUUUCUGGUUGAUGUUGAUGGUAACCCUCAUCCUUCAAGAUACCAGAGAUUAGUUCCUGGCCGGGAAAAUUGCAGGGAGGAGCAACUCAUUCCUCAGAUGGGAGUAACUUCCUCAGGACUGAACCAAGUUUUAAGUCAGCAAGCAAACCAGGAGAUCAGCCCCCUGGACAGCAUGAUUCAAAGGCUACAACUGGAGCAAGACCUGCGGCGCUCUGGUGAAGCAGGUGUCAGUAACACCGGCCGCUUGGGUCGAGGCUCUGUAAGUUCUGUCUCCGAGGUUCAUUCACCACCAAAUGUGGGACUGCGGCGUAGCGGACAGAUUGAAGGCGUACGGCAGAUGCACAGCAAUGCACCGAGAAGUGAGAUAGCCACUGAGCGGGAUCUUGUGGCGUGGAGUCGAAGGGUGGUGGUGCCUGAGCUGUCAGCCGGUGUGGCCAGUAGGCAGGAAGAAUGGAGAACUGCAAAGGGGGAAGAAGAAAUCAAGACUUACAGGUCAGAAGAGAAAAGAAAACACUUCAGUGUGCCAAAAGAGAAUAAAAUACCCACUGUCUCAAAGAAUCAUGCUCAUGAGCAUUUCCUGGACCUCGGAGAGUCCAAGAAACAGCAGGCAAAUCAGCACAACUACCGCACACGGUCUGCACUGGAGGAGCCUCCUAGGCCUUCUGAAGAGAGAGAAAAUGGCACCAGUUCUUCAGAUGAGGGUGACGUUGUCGCUGUCAGUGGUGGGACGUCCGAAGAGGAGGAGCGAGCGUGGCACAGUGAUGGCAGUUCUAGUGACUACUCCAGUGAUUAUUCUGACUGGACAGCAGACGCGGGCAUUAAUCUGCAGCCACCAAAGAAAAUUCCUAAGCAUAAGGCCAAGAAAGCCGAAAGCAGUUCAGAUGAAGAAGAAGAAUCUGAAAAACAGAAGCAAAAACAGAUUAAAAAGGAAAGGAAAAAAGUAAAUGAAGAUAAAGAUGGACCAGUAUCACCAAAGAAAAAGAAGCCCAAAGAAAGAAAACAAAAGAGAUUGGCUGUUGGAGAGCUAACAGAAAAUGGUUUGACAUUAGAAGAAUGGUUACCUUCCACAUGGAUUACAGAUACCAUUCCCAGGAGAUGUCCAUUUGUGCCACAGAUGGGUGAUGAGGUUUAUUAUUUCCGACAAGGACAUGAAGCAUAUGUUGAAAUGGCCCGGAAAAAUAAAAUUUACAGUAUCAAUCCCAAAAAACAGCCAUGGCAUAAAAUGGAACUACGGGAACAAGAAUUGAUGAAAAUAGUUGGCAUAAAGUAUGAAGUGGGAUUGCCUACCCUUUGCUGCCUUAAACUUGCUUUUCUAGAUCCUGAUACUGGUAAACUAACUGGCGGAUCAUUUACCAUGAAAUACCAUGACAUGCCUGAUGUUAUAGAUUUCCUAGUCUUGAGACAACAAUUUGACGAUGCAAAAUAUAGGCGGUGGAAUAUAGGUGACCGUUUCAGAUCAGUCAUAGAUGAUGCCUGGUGGUUUGGAACAAUCGAGAGCCAGGAGCCCCUUCAGCCCGAGUACCCGGAUAGUUUGUUUCAGUGCUAUAAUGUUUGCUGGGACAAUGGUGAUACAGAAAAGAUGAGUCCUUGGGAUAUGGAACUUAUACCUAAUAAUGCUGUAUUUCCUGAAGAACUAGGUACCAGUGUUCCAUUAACUGAUGUUGAAUGCAGAUCACUGAUCUAUAAACCUCUUGAUGGAGAAUGGGGUUCCAGUCCCAGGGAUGAAGAAUGUGAGAGAAUUGUUGUAGGAAUAAAUCAGUUGAUGACACUAGAUAUUGCUUCGGCAUUUGUGGCCCCGGUAGAUCUGCAGGCCUAUCCCAUGUAUUGCACUGUAGUGGCGUAUCCAACAGACUUGAGUACAAUCAAACAGAGACUGGAAAACAGGUUUUACAGGCGGGUUUCUUCCCUGAUGUGGGAAGUCCGAUACAUAGAGCAUAAUACCCGGACAUUCAAUGAGCCCGGAAGCCCUAUUGUGAAAUCUGCUAAGUCUGUGACUGACCUUCUGCUGCAUUUUAUAAAGGAUCAGACUUGUUAUAAUAUAAUCCCACUGUACAAUUCAAUGAAGAAGAAAGUUUUGUCUGACUCUGAGGAAGAAGAGAAAGAUGCUGAUAUACCAGGAACUUCUACCCGAAAAAGGAAGGACCAUCAGCCUCGAAGAAGAUUGCGCAACAGAGCUCAGUCUUAUGAUAUUCAAGCCUGGAAGAAACAAUGUCAAGAAUUGUUAAAUCUCAUAUUUCAGUGUGAAGAUUCUGAGCCUUUUCGCCAACCAGUAGAUCUCCUUGAAUAUCCAGACUACAGAGACAUCAUUGACACGCCGAUGGAUUUUGCUACUGUUAGAGAAACGUUAGAAGCUGGAAAUUACGAAUCACCAAUGGAAUUAUGUAAAGAUGUCAGACUUAUUUUUAGUAAUUCCAAAGCAUAUACACCAAGCAAAAGAUCAAGGAUUUAUAGCAUGAGUUUGCGCCUGUCUGCUUUCUUUGAAGAACACAUUAGUUCAGUUCUGUCAGAUUAUAAAUCUGCUCUUCGUUUUCAUAAAAGAAAUACAAUCACCAAGAGGAGGAAGAAAAGAAACAGAAGCAGCUCUAUCUCCAGCAGUGCAGCAUCGAGCCCUGAAAGAAAGAAAAAGAUCUUAAAACCCCAGCUGAAGUCAGACAUUUCUACCUCUCCAUUCUCUGUUCCUGCACGGGCACCACCGCCGAGGCACAAUGCCACUCAGAUCAAUGGCAAAACAGAGUCCAGUUCCGUGGUUCGUACCAGAAGCAACCGAGUGGUGGUGGACCCAGUCACCACCGAGCAGCCAUCUACGUCUUCAGCGGCAAAGACGUGUAUCCUGAAAGCCAAUGCAUCCGCAGUGCCAGGGAGAACAGUUUUAGAGAAUUCUGUGAAACAUUCCAAAACCUUGAAUACUUUUUCAAGCCCUGGUGAGUCCAGUUUUAGUCAUGGCACUAGGAAUAAUUCUGCAAAAGAAAGUAUGGAAAAGGAAAAGCCAGCCAAACGUAGAAUGAAAUCGUCUGUGCUGUCAAAGACGUGCACUCUGUCAGAGUCACCAGCUGUCACUGAGCAAGCAGAUUGUAAGAACAAUGUUCUUGUACCGGGAAGCAUUCAAGUGAAUGGCCAUGGAGAGCAGCCAUCCAAACUCGUGAAGAGGGGACCUGGAAGAAAACCUAAGGCAGAUUUUAAUGCCAGCAGUGGUGAAGUGACACACAAGAAAAGGGGUAGGAAGCCCAAAAAGCUACAGUAUGCAAAGCCAGAAAAUUCACAGCAAAAUAACGUGCCUCCCAUCAGAGAUGAAGGAGUUCCUUCUUCAACUUGCAAUUUUCUUUCUGAAACUAAUAUUGUAAAGGAGGAAUUGUUACGGAAAAAGAGUCGUGGAGGCAGAAAACCCAAAAGGAAGAUGAAGACACAAAAACUAGACUCGGGUCUCACGGUUCCUGCAAGUGUCAGGAUGCUAAGGAGAAGUAACCGGAAGAAGCCGGAUGAGCCUGUGGAUGGCGAGGAGGAGUUUGAGGAACUUAAAGGCUCUGAGCCCCACAUGAGAACUAGAAACCAGGGUCGGAGGACAGCUUUCUAUAAUGAGGACGACUCUGAGGAGGAGCAAAGGCAGCUGUUGUUCGAAGACACCUCUUUGACUUUUGGAACUUCUAGUAGAGGACGGGUCCGAAAGUUGACUGAAAAAGCAAAAGCUAAUUUAAUUGGUUGGUAACUUGUACCAGAAUACUGUCCUUCAGAAUCAUAGAGCAGGUCCAGUGAAGGGGUGUGCAGACUGAGGCUUCUGCCUCCUGCUGCUGCGGCGGGCUAGGGAAUGUCGUGGUUUGAUUUGCAAAAAAGACAAACUUACAAGACACUUCUUCUUUAAAUGGGUAUAUAUUAUAUAUAUAUAUAUAUAUAUAAAUAUAUACAUAUAUAUUUUAAAUGUUUGCUAUUUAUUGCCCUUAGAUAGGUUAUGCAUUUCAACAUUCAUUUCAUUCACUGUUUGAAACAAAAGAAACUGAGGAUCUAUAAUGAAUUCCCAAUUUAUUUCUGGUAAAGACAGUUCUGCUACAGUCUUAAGGAGCAUAGUAUUCCUCGUGAUAGAGCAUUUCAUAUUCAAAUGAAUGAUUUUUGACCAAGCCAGGUACAUUUCUAUUGAUAGAGACAUUGUGCCCUAUGAAGACAGAUGACUAGCAGAGUAGCAGUAAAUAAGAAAUGUGUUUCCUGUAAAGAUAAAUACAAAGUUCCCAUUUGAUACUCUACAGAGUUUGAUUUUAAUUAUAGAAUGUUCAUCCACAAAGAAUCUAGAGGAGGCUUUUGCUGUAUUCCAUUUCUGCCAAACGUAAGAGAAAAUGUACUGUUAAAAAGGAAACAUAUCCACAUUGGAAAACACUUGACUGUCUAAUUUUUCAGACCUUGAUUCUUAUAUCAAUCACUCGAUCUCUGUUUAUUGUGCCAAAGACUGAGAGUCAGUGCAGUGGAAAGCCUGUUUGAUGGUCAGGACAGCAUACACUUUCCAGUAUGGGAAAAGCUGUGUGUUAUUCUAAAGAGCAAGCUAUUUAAGAGUUAUACCUGAGAUGUUAUCUUUUUUUGGUACUAGAAGUAGAAAGUAAUGCACUGACGGGUCCUUUGACAGAGAUGUUUUAGAGAAGAUGUUUAAGUGGUUAAAGGAUUCAAGGAAAAUACAGGAAAAAGGGGUAAGGGAUUUGAUGUUUACUUGUUGGUCUGGUUUAAUGUCAUUUCUAAACUUUAGACAUAUCUAAUAGGCUUAAAUGACUUACAAAGAAAUGUGUCUGUGUGUGUAUGUGUAUAUAUUGAUAAAUGGGUAUAAUUAAAUAUAUAUACAAACACAUACUUAUAUACUAUUACCCAGGUAUGAAUUCUUUUUUCAGGAUUUUUUAGAUAAUGGUAGAAUAAAAAUAAUUUUAAAAUCUCAUACUUUAUAGUUUAAUUUUAAGGGGAAGAUUGGUUAUUUUCAAUUAUUAAAAUAGGCCAAAUCACUUUUUAUGCAAUCAUGUUUUAUACCGUGGUCUCAUUGCACAUUGCGUUUUUCCUGCACUUUUUAUGGUAUCCCUUAUCACGCUGGUAUGUCAGUAUACACCCUAAAGAAAAAUUCCAUUUAAUGAUUGUGCCUUGUAUUCUAUUAUUUUUUUGCAUCGUUAGUGAAAUGAAGCCGCCUAUUGUAAAUGAGAACUAUAUGACUUAGGAGAAUGUAUUGUAUGUACUGCUGUGGGAAAGGAAAGCAGUUAUUUAUUUGUUUAUGGUACAGUUAGUUACUUUAUACCUUAAAAAACCAACAUAAAUACCAUUUCUUUUGUUUAAAAAUUAUUGUCCAUUUUUAAAAAUUUAAAGAAUGUAGUAUUUUCCAAGUACUGGUAUGGUACAAAAAUGUAACCAAAAUUCUCAGAUACUACAUUUUAAAAAAGUGAGGAUGGGAAAGUAUGUAUCAGCAUGACCCUGAUGUAGAAAAAUAAACUCUUUAAUUGAACCUUGGCAAAAUAUGUUACAUAAUUAUUUCUUUACUUCAGUAGGGAUAAAUGUUAGAUGUCACUUAACGGUCCUGAAGAAGAUUGGGAAGUGACCCAUUCAGGCUGUUUAGAUCAUUUGUAACUAAAUUUGUACAGAAAUCCUCCUGUGAAAUUGAGUAAACCAUUUUCCAGAUCUUAACUGGAUUGCUGUGAUUUUUGCAGUUAAAAAAUAAUUUCAGAAUUUUCAGGUUUUUUGUAUAUUUUUUUCUAACAAAUAUAUUUAAGUAUAUAAUUAAAAUUCAGUAAACUCUUCACAAUGCAGAAAUGGAUGGCUUGGUUGUAUAGUAAAAUGAGUCUUUCAGUUACACCAUUAUUGAAAUAAUAGUGUGUAUAUUUGAAAUUUAAGUCAUUAAAGUAAUUUGUUUCUUUUGAAGGCAAACUAUUUGAAACGUAAUUUCCUGAUGUUAUCUGCAUUGUAUUAGAAGAAAUAAUAGACUAUAAAUACAUUUCUGUAAAAAAUAUGUGUAGUUUUAAGGUGUGUACAGAAAAAGGAAGAGCGUAUACAGUCUUACAGUGGAAUAUAGGAAUAUACAUCUCUUGAACAAAGAAAUUAGUAUUUACCAUAUUUCUGUAACAAGUAGAUGAAUUCCUCCUGUUUUAAAGACACUGUAUAUUUAUGACCUUAUUUGGACAUUAUUAGACACUGGUUUCUUAGUAAAGCAAAAAUGACUUGGAUCAGAUUCUUUGUAAUUUAAACACUUAAAAAUGUAUGAGUAGUACCAGAUAUAUUUAGAUUUUAUAUUUUUAUAGUUUAGCUUCUGAACAUUGCAGAAGUUGAAUUGAGAAAUUUAAGUCAUCACCAUAUUUUUGUUCUGUUUGAUCACUUGGAAAAAUAUCCUCUUUGAGACAGUGAACCAUGUAUGUACUGUUUAUAGGCCAAAAGGAAAUGUUGGUUGGCAUUUGUCUUAGAUGAGCAAUAAAAAAAAUCUCAAGUUGCCUGAAAGUUUCAGAAAUAUAACUUGUUACAUGCAUGGAAAAUGUACAUCAAUUUAUGUAUUUGUAAGCACCUAAUCCUAAUAUUCUCUUCCUCCACUCCAACAUUCUCAAUCAAAUCUUAGAAAAUUAUAAAACGUUGCAGAUGAACAGUUAAAACAUUCAACCUAAUUACAGCGUCACAACUCUGGGCAGUAGAUACACACCUUCUUCACAUUUUACCCCCUGCAGUCAAUCUGCUGUUAGCGUGUUGGACUCUGUUGUGCAUGUAUUUAUCUACUGAAGAUUUAUUUGCCUUGUUUCCAUUGUUUUUAUUAUUGCACAGCUUCACAAAUUUGAAGACUUUGAUAGUAUUAUUAUAAAACUAUCUUCCUCAAAUUUAAUCAGAAUAAGCAUAGAGUAUUUGUGAACUUGAUUAAGUCACAUCUGAAACUGGUCUGGCAGAAUUUAGUAGCACUCAGAAGUAAAUUAUAUAAGAUACACUGGUCAGCAAAGGAUCCUCAUGCAACAUGUAUGUUAACAUCUGGACACGCCCCUUACCUGCAGUGCAGUGAUCAGACGUUUUAACAAAUGUACUCAAAUAACAUUUUCAGUGUAUGAUAUUAGUGACAUUACAUGUUUUAGAAUACAAUUUGUUACAUAAAUUAGUUCCUCUAGUUAACAGUGUUUACCUAAAUGGUAAUACUCCAUUUUAUACAUCCAAACGUACCUAUACAUCUCUCUCAGGUGUCAACUGGAAGCAGUUUUGAUUUUCAGUUUUCUACCUAAUGAAAACAAAUUGUUACUCUGAAUGUUUUUGUCACCUGAAAUUUAUUGUUGAGUAGGUUGAAAGGAACAAGACACUUGGUGUUUAAAGAGCUGUAGUUUUCUUACAUGCAGGAAAUAGAUGGUUCUGAGAGGCAGAUAGGGAAGUACUUUGAUGUUGGUGAAUUACCCCCAUACUUAAAGUAUUUCUUACAUAACAAGUUGAGAAGUGGUUUAGUUAUAUCUAAGUGAGAAUUUAUUUUCCUAUUAAAGUUGGAAAAUAAACCUUUUCCUUACUUCCCUCCUUGCAUUUCCUUCAGUUCCCCAAAUUUCCAAGUGAUUUGAACUAAAUCAAUACUACAUUUACUAAGAAACUAUAUUUCUUAAAUAUACCAAGCCAAAUACUCCAAGUGAAACAUUUUGUACUAUGUCCGGUACCCAAGAAGAGGUCAGAUUGAGUCAGAAGACUGUUAAGUACCACUUUUGACGCUCCAGAGAUAAAUCUUGUACACACUGCAGUAAACAGUAGGAGAUACAGUGAGCUAUAGAUACGUACUAUUUUUAGUUUUGAUAGCUCUGUGUUGAAAUAUUUUCUUAAUGCAGAUAAAGUCAUCAGGAAAUUAACCAUAUAUGGCACAAACCAAAUACAUAAUAGUGGAUGGCUAUGAGUUUCUACAUUUAAGGAGCUAAGAGAAUAGGUUUGAAAUGAUAGUGCACACGCAUGUGAGGCAAAUGUACACACAUGCUGAUUACUUUUAAGAUUGUAUUAAUUAGUCAAAAUGAUAAACCAUAAAUUGAGACAAAAUACAAAGUUACAUUUUUGGACCAUAUUAAAACUGCAAGAAGAUGGGGUCUUAUUAAAGAUCUUUUAGAAAACUUAAAUCUUGUCACACGAUAUUUAGACGUGUAGAAUGUAGCUAAAUUUUUAAAGAGUAACUGACCUAGAGGGUUAAAGUUGAAACUGACAUGUUUUCAAAAUAUGCUAAUUUGUACAGAAAACAAUGUUAAACACAAGCAAAUCUGUUGUUAUGUAAUAAGUAACAGAGUUUAAAGACACAUUAAUUAUUUAGCUUUAUUGAGGUUUUUUUUUUUCCUUCCAGAAACCUGGAGUAUCAUGUUUUUAAAGGCAGGCUCACACAGGAUAGCCCUUUCUUUUUGUACAUAGUGACUGGACCUUUCUUUACUGUUAUGUGGACACUUUCUAUGUUAGUUUUGAUGCAGAAUUCUUUGAAUCCUUUUAUACAAACUAGAAUGUAUGUGUAAGAAUUCCUGUCCCUGCAAUGUAGUAACUACAAACUUAUUUUUAAAUAAAUAGAAAACUUGUUUUUCUAA